AUGGAUCCAGUCAAAGCCGACGACGACAUCAGUCUGCCCGAACUGAUUGGUCUGGCUUCGAAACCAAGCAGACAGCAAGAUGUCGGAAGAGAUCGAAGUGCGAUCCAAUAUGCCUCUGCUUCUUCGCAUGAUAAGCAAGGUCUCUUCUUGCACUUGCCUGUCGACUCCAAUGCCAAUCAUGCACACACCGGUCACCAUGUGAGUGGUUGUCCUUCGCGUCUUGGAGAAUGCCUCACCCUGGCAAGAAAGCCAGCGGUUGACAUGGUCGAAAUCAGGCUGAGGUGCUCGAGACACCGAUACACUAUCCGUCGACCGCGGGCCCUUCAGUUCUCGUAUCGAUCCCAGGUCGUCCACGCUGGCGACGAACGCGGCGUUCCCGAGCCAUCAAACCGGUCGAGCAUCUCCAGCCAUCUUCCCGAAGAUAUUGCCAAGGAGAGAGAAAGACUAGAUCUCUUCAUCGACCUGAUCUGGGUCGGCAUCAUCGGCAAUCUCUCAGAAGUCUUCUCGUCAUUAGGCUUCAGGCCCGAAGACCCCGACCUCGGGAUAGCAACGACUUUGAUCACCAACGCACUGAUUCUGGGGGCAUAUAUCUCGUCUUCAUCGUGGUCAUCUUGCCAUCCUGGCGCAUCUGGGAUGCGAUGCGCCAGUUCCUCAACAACUCCUACAUGGACGACAUGGUGCAGCGAGCAUUCACCCUGUGGGUCCUGUUGCUCUCGGUGUUCUAAUUACGGCAAUCAACUGGCAUAUUUGACCGAAGAUAUCGACGAGGUCAAACAGUGGGUCAUCUCGACAUAUCUUAUCAUAUUCGGCGCCUUCGCGCUCGUUGAGCUGGUCUAUUCGAUUUUCAUCAAGUGGCUGCGGAAGCUUGUCUUUUUCCAAACAAUAUUCCGACUACCUUCGGUCGCCCUUUGGGUCACUGCCAUUAAAGUUCCAGGUGCCCGUGCCAUAGGGCCCGUCUUUGGUGCGAUCAUCUGGGAAUAUCUCUGCCCCAUCAUCAUGGAUUCGCAACUGACUGAAAAACUCACCCCGAUGGAGUUCAAAAAGGCUCUGGACGUCCAGCAUUUUCAAUCGCACAUGUCCUUCUUCUUCUUCUUCUUCUUCUUCUUCUUCUUCAGCGAGGGCGUUCUGCAGCUAGUCAAGGACGGCCCGUUAGGUCUUGGACUCAACGGGAGCACGGGAAUCAUGGUCUGGAUCCUGUUGAUCUACUACGAAUUCUCUUUCCUGUACUUCAAGCGUGACGGGAGCAGGAGAUUCAUCCCGGCAGCCACAAACAAGGGGCGAAAGACCUUGACAUGGGUCUUUUGGCACAUCCCGCGCUCUUCUCCUCGAUCCUGA